AUGGCAAAGUCUAGAACUAGUAGUGCUUGCAAGAAGAAGAAUAGCAUUGUCAAGCUCAAAGUUGUAGUAGAAAAGCUACAAAGAAGUCUAUAUUUGGGAAGAUCAAAACCAUCAAAUUAUUCCGAUGACUCAAAACAUGUGCCGGAAGAUGUGAAGGAGGGUCACUUUGCUGUGAUAGCUGUGGAUGGAGAUGAACCAAAGAGAUUUGUGGUGGCCUUGAGUUACUUAACACACCCAACUUUCUUGAAGCUAUUGGAGCAAGCAGCUGAGGAGUAUGGUUUUGAUCAUGAAGGCGCACUCACCAUUCCUUGCCAGCCACGAGAGCUUGAGAAGAUAUUAGAUGACGAUCGGCAAUGGCAGAAGGAAGAAAGAGGCUCCUCUAGUGAUGGGAACUGGGGUUCUUGUAAAGCUAUGGUGCAGAGCUAUUGA